GCGCGCCGCCCCGCCCCUUCCGCCGGCGCGUCCGCGUGCGAGGGGCCGCUCGAGCGUGUUGCUCCGAGGCAGCUCCGCGCCGAGAUGCCCCCGAAAAAGGGAGGCGACGGGGUUAAGUCGCAUCCGAUCAUCGGAAGGUUCGGGACAUCCCUGAAGAUCGGGAUCGUCGGGCUGCCGAACGUGGGGAAAUCAACGUUUUUCAAUGUGUUAACAAAGAGUCAAGCGGCAGCGGAGAAUUUUCCUUUCUGUACUAUUGAUCCAAAUGAGAGUCGAGUACCUGUGCCAGAUGACAGAUUUGACUUCCUAUGCCAGUAUCACAAACCUCCGAGCAAAAUUCCAGCGUUUCUGAAUGUGGUGGAUAUUGCUGGCCUUGUGAAAGGAGCCCACACUGGACAAGGCCUAGGAAAUUCCUUCUUGUCUCACAUUAAUGCCUGUGAUGGGAUCUUUCAUCUGAUGCGAGCAUUUGAAGAUGAUGAUAUCACUCAYGUUGAAGGAAGUGUAGAUCCUGUUCGUGACAUUGAAAUAAUACAYGAAGAACUUAGACUUAAAGAUGAAGAGCUGAUCAUGCAGAGCAUAGAUAAGCUUGAAAAAGUAGCUGUAAGAGGAGGAGACAAGAAAUUGAAACCUGAAUAUGACGUAAUGUGCAAAAUCAAGACAUGGGUAAUAGAUGAAAAGAAAGCUGUCCGCUUCUAUCAUGAUUGGAAUGACAAAGAGAUUGAUGUUUUGAACAAACAUUUGUUUUUCACUUCAAAACCAAUGAUCUACUUGGUUAAUCUCUCUGAAAAAGACUACAUUAGGAAGAAAAACAAGUGGUUGAUAAAAAUUAAAGAGUGGGUGGACAAGCACGACCCGGGUGCUUUGGUCAUUCCUUUUAGUGGGGCCUUGGAACUCAAGUUGCAAGAUAUGAGUGCUGAGGAGAAACAGAAGUAUCUGGAAGAGAACAUGACACAAAGUGCUUUAGCAAAGAUCAUUAAGGCUGGAUAUGCAGCACUCCAACUAGAAUACUUUUUCACUGCAGGCCCAGAUGAAGUGCGUGCAUGGACCAUCAGGAAAGGGACGAAGGCUCCUCAGGCAGCAGGAAAGAUUCACACAGAUUUUGAAAAGGGAUUCAUUAUGGCUGAAGUAAUGAAAUACGAAGAUUUUAAAGAAGGAGGUUCAGAGGCUGCUGUYAAGGCUGCCGGAAAGUACAGACAACAAGGCAGAAAUUAYGUAGUAGAGGAUGGAGAUAUUAUCUUCUUUAAAUUUAAUACACCUCAACAGCCCAAGAAGAAAUGAAUAUCAGAUGUUGUGCUCUCAGAAAUGAACUGUGCUGCUUCAAAAARCAUAUGAAUUUUUAUUUGGAAUUGGAAUAUCUGGAAACAAAAAGCMUACAGUUUCUACCUAGGGAACCUCCCUUCCCCCCAGUGAAAUUAUUCUUGUUUGUUUUGAAUUAAAAUAUGGCACCUCCAGCAAACAUGCAAGUUCACUAAAUGUGAACAGCUUUGCAUUUCAAACGAUUAAGACCCUACUCCAAAUUGUAGAAGCUUUUCGGGAACCAUAUUACUCUCAUGAUACUUCAUUAAUCUCCAUCAUGUAUGCCAAGCCUGACACGUUUGACAGUGAGGACAAUGUGGCUUGCUCCUUUUUGAAUCUACAGAUAAUGCAUGUUUUACAGUACUCCAGAUGUCUACACUCAAUAAAACAUUUGACAAAACCAGCCUUGGUGUGUUUGGGGAUGUCUGUAUUGACUGACUGUGGUGUGCUGAAUGCGAUACGGCACCUGGUGGAUGCUGAUUACAGAAUUUUAAGACGUGUAUGAUACAGUAACUGGCAGUGUGGGGCAGCUGCAAUUGUAUCUUGAAAGUGAGUCUUUCAUGGGAAUCAGAAGAUUAGGAUGCCAGUGAUUUGUCUCAAAAAAGUUAAUGAAUUUGUAGAUGGAUGUCCACGAAAGAUGAUAGUAAGGAUAAUAAAAAUGAUAAUAAUGAUAGUAAGCAUAAAUGAUUUUUACUGGMGAGAGGAAAUAUAUGUGAAAAAAAUCAUGUUAUCUGUGAGACUGAAGCUUUUUCAUUCAAAUAAUUUUGAAAGAGUAUUUCACUCUUGCCUUGAUAAUAAUGAAUCAAUGUGGCKGGAGCAGUAGUACCUGAUGUUGUGUGUUGUCCUGUCAGGUCUGGUUUUGAGGCCAGCAGAGGGUGACACAGAUARUGCUGUGAAGGAAGAGGUCAUGCUGUGUUGGAUAGGUAAGUUAUUCUGCUGGAAUGAGGUUGCAUACCUCUUUAUUUGUAAACUGUGAAAGAAAGCCAGUCACUUUGRGUAACAGAAAAAUAAGGUGUUGGCAAAAAUAAAAUCUUUUAAAGUGAGGUGUAGAACUUCCUCCUCCUCGGAGAGAGGAAAUCCUUUCUCUCAGUAUGUUUAGUGUAUUUAAAACAAUCUGGCUUUUUCUGAGUGCCCGUGUGCCGGGGGUUUCAGCCACAGGUUUAUUGGGGUCAAGGCUGGGAGUGGUGCUGUUAUCUGUGGCUUGGUGUGCCAGGCCUCUUGUGUCAUGGUGAAAAAUUCACUUGCUAUGACCUUUGAAAAGGCAGCUUGCCACUGGCUAAUUCCUCCUGGUGUGUAAGGCUCUGGGAGCACUGGUCACAUCUUGCUCCAAGAAUUUCCCUUGAGAUACCACCUUUGAGCUUCACUGCUCAUUUCUGAGAGAGUAAGACACGUUUCAGCCAGAGCCACGAGCCUCAUUGUUGAAUAGUUGGCAUCAUGCCUUUAAUUGCACUGAGGAGAAAGAGGGAGGGGAGAUGACUUCAAUACGUAAUUGUUGAUUUUGUUUUAAAGAGUGUCUGCUUUUUUCAUGGGGGCASGAGCAGGGACAGUAUUGUAGAGCAGAGAAAUUAGGGCUUCAGAUGUUUUGGAACCCUUGAAAUUCUCUUUUGUGUUGUCUGCCUGGUGCAGCUAGUAUUUGUUCCUGGCGUUAUUCUGAUGUUACAUAAUUGAGAAAAGAUUAGGACCAUCAAAUCUUGUGUUAAAAGUCAAAUCCAAAAGAAAACAGAGCCUACCUGUUUCUCUUGGAAGUCAGCAAGGUGCUAGUAACAGAGAAGAGCUCAUGCUGGGUUUUAGACACAAUGAAAGGUGAGUGAGAAGUGGAGUAUCUGUGCUGCUGAAAGAGAAGUAACCUCUUUACUGCACUAAUACCCACUCAAAUGUGUUCUCUUGUCCUGGCUGAAAUUUGUUCUGAUUUCCAAAAUACUCUCGUGGUCCUGAAUUGUUUCUAUUUGAUUGUGUGYACUUCAUGAUACCUCCUUGUUCUAAAAAUAAAAAUAAUUUUAAAUCAAGUGACUUUGUUCUUAGUAGACAGGAUCUUUUCAAGUUACUACAAUAUCCUGAAAAUAGAAAAUGAGCUUAAAAUGUGUCCCACAUCUUAAAAAAUACAUAUUCUGUAAUGUUCUAUGCUUCRGUUUAUUAAUUUGCCUGAAUAGUUACCUCUUCAGCUGUUUUAACAGCUGGGUUCUUCUAGCUACUGAAGCUAAUCAAUUAUUCCAGAAGAAUCCCAGGUUUUAUUAAAAGAAAGAAUAACCUGAUAAGCUCUGUUAUUCCUAUCACUGGUGACUUGUGACAACCACCAUUUUAAAUAUGUGCGGCCCAUGUUUCUCCUCAGUGGGUUUAUGCAUUCAAGAUGUACAGCUCCUAAAAACUUGUAGAUAUAUGCAGCAAAUGUCAAACACUCUUUUUAAAGUUAAGCCAAGCAACAUUAUUUAUGCAUUUCAACCCCAAAAUGUGACAUUUCAGACCAUUAAGUAGCAUAAAAACCCCAGAAAUUUAACUUUUGAAGACUAUUUGUACCCACAGGUACCUCUUGUGUAAGAUACAGUUUUCUGUCCUAAUAGGCAUUUCCCAGAACAGCACAUGGGAAGCAGGUUUGGCCAUUCUGUGUGAAUUAAUGUAUAAAAUACAGAAGGAUUGUCUUAA